ACCGAGAGAGAGAGAGAAAGAGAGAGAGAGAGAGAGAGAGAGAGACAGGAAACAGUGUGUGUCAGAGAGAGAGAGAGGGAAGGCAGAGAGGGAGAGAGGGAGGGAAGUCCACGCUGCUCAGACACAGGAGGACACACCCAGAUCGGAGGAGUUGGCAGGAGGACCUUUCUUCAGUGAGUUGAGGGAGGGGGACGGUGACAGGUAACGGUCUGCAGGACAGCAGCAGGAGAAGCGUGCGAGGAGCGAGACAGGGAGACGCCGAGGAGAGUACACAGAGAGAGAGAGAGAGCGGGACAGGGAGAGAGCCCUCCAUCACACCCCAGCCCGACCCCGGCACACAGAUCCCAGCCAGGGGGUGAGGGCGCUCGCUCACGGAGAACGGGACGCGUGCUGCCCGGUGGGACAGCGAGUGACAGGCGGAGAGAGAGGGAACAACAUCAGGAGGACCCCCGCCCUGAGCAGGAGGAGCUGCGCUGAUGGCUGCCCCGUACUGGCGUGCCCUGAGUGGACCCCUGGGCCUGUCCCGGCUGCUGGGAGCCGCGCUGGCCUGCGCCGCCCUCUCGCUGGUGGUGCACUCGGGCCGCUGGUGGGGGGCCGAGGGCUCCUGGUGCCUGUUCGCCUGGGCUUUCUCUUUCGUCGGCGCCGCCCUGGUGCUGCUGACCGAGCUGGCCGGCGGGCAGAGCCGCAGCCCCGUGCCCUGGUCUGAGGGGCCGCCGGCCCUGGCGCCGCUGGCCUGCCUGCUCUGCCUCUCGGCCACCGCCGUCUACCCGCUCUGGUUCCUGAGGGGCGGCGGGAACGGCGGCCGGGCUCUGCCCGUGGCCGGCUGCGUCUGCUCGGGCCUAGCGACCGCCGCCUUCGCCGCAGAGACCUUUAUCAGCCGGGCGCGGCCCGGCGAGACCGCCGGCUACCUGGCCAGCCUGCCCGGGCGCCUGAAGGUGCUGGAGUGCUUCGCCGCCUGCCUGAUCUUCGUCCUGGCCUCGGAUGUGGAUUACGGGCGCCACGCCGGCCUGCAGUGGUGCAUGGCCGUCUACGGCAUCUGCUUCGUCCUCUCGCUGGCGGCGGUGCUGGCCUGCCUGGCCAGCUGCACCGGCCGCCUGCCCGUCCCCUUCCCCCGGUUCGCCACCGUCUGCGCCCUGCUGGGGGCGCUCCUCUACGCCACCGCCGCCGUGGUCUGGCCCGUCUUCUGCUUCGACCGGCGCUACGGCCAGCCCCGGCGCCCGGCAGGCUGCGGGAACAUGGGGGUGGGCCGCUGCCCCUGGGACAGCGCCGUGGGGGUGGCGGUGCUCACCUGCGCCCUGCUCCUGGCCUACCUAGCCGACCUGGUCUACUCGGGAAGGCUGGUGUUCGUCAGGAGAUAGGGGGCGCCGCGGUGGGGGUAUGGGGCCGG